AAAACUCCUCUUACGAUGCGCCUUUCAACUUUAUUUUCACGAUGGAGCGUUUUCUUGAGCAGCUUGUCUGGACGUCCCAACUAUCCAUUACCUCCAGAGGUUGGUCGUUUUUCAGGAAAAAAGUGGAGCGAAAUUUCAGUUUACGAGACAAGUGAAUGUGGCGACAGAAACCUAAGAAAAUAUUCAACAAAUGAUCCGCAUAAUGAAAAUGAACCAAAAUGGCUAAAACUGGGUGAUUUUAUUGAAGGUAAUAAUUUGAUAAUGAAGAGUAUGGGUCAACAACAGCAUAUUAUGGAUAUUGGCCUAUUAGAAUCCGCUUUCCAUAGGCCAAACCGGCCAUUUUCCAUUUCUGCGUUUUUACUUCUCAAUGGCUAUGAUUUGGUUGCAGACAAAAUAUCAACUGAGAAUAUUACGUUGGAUGUAGCGAUGG